AUGGCAUCCGAUAAAAAGGAGCAGAAACAGCGGGUAACCUCGGACCUGAGGUUCAAGUCAGUUCAUAAUGAUCCUCGGUUCAAGGCGCCUAGCUUGAAAAACUUCAAAGUCAAAGUUGACGAGAGAUUCAGCAAAGAUGAGCUCAAGAAAUUAAACAAGAAGGGUCGUGGAAAAGGUGCACAAAUCGACCGUUAUGGCCGUAAGCUCAAGCUGGACGAUCACAGCACGUUCGACAAGUUCUAUGAGAACGAGAAAAACGAGAAAAACGAGCAAGAAAAAGAAGACAAAGCCAGCGACUCAAGUGACUCCGACUCAGACUCCGACUCAGACUCAAGCCCAGUUGUGGAUCGUGCUCGUGGUGAAGGGGUAUCUCUGAGCGAAUCAGACUCAGAUUCCAGCUCGGAUUCCGAUUCUGACUCCGACGACUCGGAAACCGGUAUAGUUUAUGACGAAGAAGCUGAAGAGUCCGAAGUGGAAUUGGAAGAAGGGAAGCCUGAAGAAGGCGAGCCGUCCGCAUCGUUUGCCGUGGUUAACUUGGAUUGGGAUAAUGUCCGUGCUGUGGACUUGAUGGUGACAUUCCAGUCGUUUGUUCCUAAAGGCGGCUCGAUCAAAAGUGUAACCAUAUACCCAUCACAAUUUGGUAAAGAGCAGAUGCAACGAGAAGAGAUUGAGGGACCGUCGAGAGAACUUUUCAAGAGCAAGAAAAAGAAGAAGAAGCAUGAAUCGGACGAAAGUGACGAUGAAGUCGAUAUGAAUAAUGUGGAAAGUAUGAGGAAAAUCACCAAAAAGCUUUACGAAGAAGAAGAUGGAACCGAAGACUACGAUAGCAAAGCCUUGCGGAGGUACCAGCUUCAAAGGUUGAGGUACUACUAUGCUGUUGUACACUGUGAUAGUGUUAGCACAGCAGAGAAUAUCUACAAAAAUUGUGACGGAACCGAGUACGAGUCCACCGCUAAUAUUUUCGAUUUGAGGUAUAUCCCAGACGGGGUGACAUUUGAAGAUGACGAACCAAAAGACCAAUGUGACACAUUGCCUACAAACUAUAAGCCCAGUGCGGCUUUCGUUACUGAUGCAUUACAGCAUUCUAAAGUCAAGUUGACGUGGGACGAAACCCCCAAGGAAAGACUUGCGGUUUCCUCGAGGCCAUUUUCGCAGAAGGAAAUCGAUGAAAUGGAUUUCAAGGCAUACUUAGCAUCGGAUAGUGACAGUGAAGAUGAAAAAAGUCUGAACAAGUACAAGAAUCUUUUGGGAGGAACGUUCGACAAAAGUGACAGUGAAGACGAUGUGGAUAUGGAAAUCACAUUCACGCCUGGCUUGGACGAGCAAAAACCACCAGAACCAGCCAAGGAAGAAGAGGAAACCACCAUCGAUGCAUACAGGCGGAAGGAGAAAGAGCGUAGAAAGCGAAGAAUGGAGAAACUCAAGAAAUCUGAAAAGACCGAUGAGAACGAAGCUGUGGACGAGGAGCGCUCCAAGGCCGAAUUGGAGCUUUUGAUGAUGGAAGAAGGCGAAAAACAGCCCCAGCACUUCAAUAUGAAGGAGAUUGUCAAGGCAGAAAAGAAGAAGGAUAAAAAGAGCCGAGGACAAAAGGAAGAAAUUCCUCAAGACAACUUUGAAGCCGACUUGUCGGAUCCUCGUUUCAAGGAGGUUUUCGAGGACCACGACUUUGCCAUUGAUCCAACCAGCUCUGAGUUUAAGGGCACCAACACCAUGAAAAAGAUUUUGAAGGAGAGAUCGAAUCGGAAGCAAAAUGGAAAGAAGAAGAGAACCAGCGAUAAGGAAAGUAAGGGAGAACUCACUUCGCUCGUGGAGAAGAUUAAAAGAAGAAAGAAGUAG